AUGAUGAGCUACAACAUCGUUAAAGAAUUGAAGAUCAACAAAUCAAAUAAGGAAGAAAACGACGAAAAUAUAACUCUAAAUGCAGCCGAGAUACUAAAGUCAGCUCUUAAAUUGUCUAAUAGGAAGAAUGACCAUUUCGAUGAUAUAAAUGGUCUUGAUAACCAAGAAACGGUAAAAUUGUUACCAGUUAAGUUUCGCGAAAUAUUUGAUAAUAUGCCAGCAAAGCAGGCCAAUAUAUCAGAUGUUUCGGACAUCGAUGAGAAGGAAAUACAAACAACGAUUUAUACUAAAUACAAUUUUUGGGACUUUCAAGGAAACUCAUUAUACUUUCUAAUAAACCAAGUUGUUGAAUGUGAUUAUCGACAAAUACGCACAAAUUUUGUCCAAAAAUAUUUUCCUGUUUUGCCAUAUUAUGCAUCAGCUUCUGUCAUUAUUGCCUAUUUAACUCCUCGCUUUGCUUCUUCAAGGAUUUGUGCACGUGAAGUGACUCUUGCCGAUGUCCUAAGGAAACCCAUUUUACCAGUAAUGCUUGAACCAACUCCUUGGCCACUUCCAGGACCAAUGGCUGUAGUAAUGAGCUCUCUUGUUUUCGUCGAUUUGUGCGGUGUUGGUGGUCAUGGAGGGAUUGGUAAAAGUGGUGAUUCUGAGACUCGAUUUCGUGAUAUCCUUAACACUAUUUCUCGAUGUAUUGCUGGUAAUCCUGAUGCAGCGAUUCCUUCUCGUAAUCAAACUUUACAACAUCUAUUCUACCCAAGAUCAGGCGACCCAAGGCUCAGUUUAACUACAAUUACACCCGAUUUGAGGUCAGAUAGCCCACCUUUGCCACAAGAAAGACCCACAACUUCGGGUGAAGCAGAAGAGAUUGCAGAUUAUUAUGCCAUGGAAAGAACGGUCGAACAAGCUUCUGGCGAUGAAAUGUCGGUCGUUUCUCGACUCACAAACAAUCCAAACAAUAACAACAAUAGGAUAUCAAACUGUUCAAUUUGUAAUAUCGUUUAAAUAAUGUUUAUUCAAUUUUGUAAACAAAA